AUGCUGCGCACGGACCAGCUGCGCACGGACCAACGCGCACAGCCUGCCCUAAUCUCCCCAUCUGCCGGCGUCCCCUCGGGACCCCUUACACUCACUUCCCUUUCCCACAGGUCGGGUGGUGCGCACCCCUACGAUACCCUACGAUACAUACGAUACUACGCGCACCUCCCCUUCCUCCCCCCAUCCAUCGUGGCUGCCUGCCAAGGCCAGAUCCACGCAUUCGACUCCCAGGACCUCAUCGACGUCUACAUCCCAGACGGCCCUGAGACUGUCCUCUAUCGUUGCGAGCAGCAGCCGUGCCCCAACCGGACACCCCGAUCGAUCGAGGAGGAUUACCCUCGCUACAAAGCGAUCCGACGAGCGCAACACCCACUCGGACCCCGAAGCACCCUCGCAUCCCGAUCUGCCUCGCGGCACUCUCGCCCUGUCUCCCCUACCUCCCGCCUUCCCCAAACUGUCGCCGAGUCCAGUCAAGCUCGAGGAGAUCUCCCUCCAGACCCUGCGCCAGAGCCAGAGCCUGAGGAGGGUGCAGGUGAAGAAGGAGUCUCGGAGUCCGAGUCUGAGGAUUCUGUUGGGUCCACCUCGCCGACAGCACUCGCCCCCGCGUCAGCAGUCCCUGAC